ACCGACAGGCACCGCGCAUCCCCCGCACCUCUCCAUCUCGUCCUCUGCUUACCUCCCGCACCCAGCGGAAGGGCGACAUCCCGCUCCGCGCGUGAUGGGGAAGCGAUGGCCCAAUCCCAAGAUGGGAUGUAUGAACAAAACGAACCGUUUUCGGUGAUUCCUAGGAGGCACUUUCAGGGGAGGUAGUUUCUUGAAAUACUUGUGAUGUCACAGAUCCGCAGGGAGUUGCUCUAGUAGCCUCCUGCCAUCCCUGCAGGCGUGACACACGGCGGUGAUCGAUGAGCAGGACAACGUCAAGCUAGGCAGCUCAUCAGCUCUGCCUCAUUUCUGUUGGUUUCAAGGGAAUAGAUCGUCCACCAACCUGCACGCAUUGGGUUGGUCGCAGCCAUGGACGAGUCAGCUGAGACUGCGACAGCGCAUCCCAGUGCGACGGCUAGUUCCGGCACGAACGACGAGCUGGCGAUGGAGACGAUAUCUCUCUCGGAUAAGAUCGACGGGGAAGGCACGGCCUCUGCGACAGAGGACGACGACGGCGACGACUCGCAGGCGACGUCGCAGCUGGCACCGGAGAAGCAGCCGACGGAAGCGAGCGACUUCGACGACAAGUCGGACGACGAAAUGGAGUCGGCGAAGGCGAGCGAGCGCGUGCUGAGCGCGGAGGAGGUGGAGCGCGUGCGAAUGAUGCUGACUAUCGUCGGCGACCGCGAGCGACGGGAACUGGAGGCCAAGUACCCGGAGCUGAAGCAGCAGCCGCUGUCGAGGAACGCGAGCAACCAGGAGGAGGGGGAGGACGACGACGACUCGCCACCUCGCAUCAUCGUUCCCGUCGGACGCGAUCUGCUCGAGGCGUCGUUGGGCGACAACCCCUUCAUGCUGGACUUCGGCAUUCGCAGCUGCGCCUUCUCCUACAGCCACUUCGUCGGCAUGCGCCGAAUCAAAGCCUUCUCGCAGCCCGACGCCUCCGCGCGCUCCUACAUCGCGUCCACGUCAGCCGCGAUUCGCGGCAACGCGGUGGCGAUUAAAGACAAGCUCGAGGAGAACUGGCCCAAGCUGCAGGCGUCGCUCGCCGCCGCCAUCGGCGAGUCCCUGACCGCCACGUGGCAGUGGGUGCAGGAGCACAAGCCGGUGGGGUUGGCUAUUCCGGGGGUGCGGAAGUCGGAGGGGGGGGCUGCGGAAAAAGGGGAGGGUGAGGGGGAAGCGGCGAAGGAGAAUGGCGUGAGCGGGGGGACAGAGGGGGAAGGAGGGGAAGCAGCAGCGGAGGAGAAAGUCGGAGAGACAGAAGGUGAGGGCGCAGCGGAAGAGGGGGCGGAAGCGAGAAGUAAAGAAGGGGCAGAGGAGGUUACAAUUGUGGUUGACGAAAAAGGGGAAGAGGAGAAGGAAAGCGCAGGAGUGAAAGACGGGGAAGGAGCGAAUGCAGCGAAUGGCGAGAGAGGAGCAGGUGAGGGAGAGAGAGAGGAGCACGUGGACGCGAAGGAGAAGGAGCGGAGGGCGAGGGAGGAGGAGAGGCAGGCGAAGGAGGAGGCGGUGCGGAAGGAGGAGGAGGCGCGGCGGGAGCUGGAGGCGCUGGUGGCGCGCAUGGAGAAGUGGGAGAUCCUCUUCCGCAACCCCAGCCUCGCCAACGCGCCCGCGCAGAGUCUGCAGUUCGCGUGCAACGCCGCAGGCCUGGCCCUGGUGCACCAGAAGCUCGCCACGUGGCAGCAGGUGGUGCUCUCCCCCGCCGUGCUGCUCGACGCCUCGCUGGCCGUGAUUGUAGCGAAUGGAGGAACAGUGCCCGAGAACAAGGGCUACCAGCCGUCGUUCCCCUUAGAAGCACAGAAGAGCGACAAGGGAGGGGGGAGGGGAGACGAGGGUGCGGGGAAGGAGGGUCAAGAAGGGGAGGGGGAGGGGAGUGCGAUACGGUGGGGUUCUGCAGUGAUCAGAGGGCAUUACCUGCCCAAGAGAAUAGGGGAGUCGCUGCUGCUCUCACCCCAAAACUUCAUGGCGCUGGCGGUGACUCUGCCUGCUCGCCUGCGCACCUCGCCCUGGAGAUUGCUCUACUCCACUGCCAGGGAUGGCAUCAGUAUGGCAACUCUCUUUCGGAAGAUCAAGGGCAAGGGCGCCUGUCUCCUUGUUGUGCGCGAUUCACAUAAAUAUGUGUUUGGGUGCUUCACCAAUGAGGAAUGGCGUCCCAUGGAUCGGUACUACGGCAAUGGGGAGUGCUUCGUCUUCCAGGUGCAGCCGGAGUGUGUGGCGUACCGGUGGGCGCGCACCAACAGCUACUUCAUGCUCUCCAGCAACGCCAUGCUCGCUGCUGGCGGCGGCAACCACCACAGCCUGCUGCUGUAUGCUGACCUGCUCACGGGCGCCAGUGCGCCCUGUGACACCUUCGGCAGCUCCAUCCUUGCCAGCUCUGAGGAAUUUGAAGUGGCCCAGGUUGAGGUGUGGGGCUUCAAGUGAGCAUCAAGCUUCAAACAACACUAGCCAUUGCAAAGAAUCUAGCACCUUCAAUUCUCAACGCAUGGCGUUGGCAUUGUGUUUGAUGCAGCUUCCCCUGCAUCUCAAGUUUUUGGGGACUCAAUUUGUUUGGGCAUCUUGCUGCCCUAGUAGAGCAGCCAAGUGUUGCGUAUUUAUGUCAUCCCAUUUCCUACUGGAUGGAUAUACGACGGCGGCUCAAAGAAAAUUAGCAAUGUUGAAGUAUGUCAAGGUGAUGGAUAUCCAACGUAA